AUGCAUCAGAUCUGGACGGUGGAACAAGAAUCCGUCGAAGUACAUCCCGAGAGGAAACCGAGAAGGGUGGUCAUGCAUUUUAUCGACAAUCCAAGUAGAGACCGGCGUCGGUACAUCGCUCCGGCGGCAAACGAGGUAUCGAUGAUGUUUGUCGGCGACAACGGUCGACUGCCGAGAAACGUUGAUCUGGUCAUCAAUGACACGAAUCAAAAUCUACCUGGUUACCAAAUGGAAAACAUACCGUCCGGAUCGUGUCAUGGAGAUCCUAUGUUGUAUCCGCUGAUUUUCCUAUAUAGAGAACGAAGUUAG